CAUCAAUAUUGUGAUAUUCACAAAGUAUAAUAUAGAAUGAUACCUCGCAUUUCUUGGAGGGUUCUCUCAAGAAGAUAAGCAUAAGAUAACCUACUUCUUCUCCCACCAACCCCCCAUCUUUCUUUCUUUCACGCUUCAAAUUAACUACCCAUUCUUUUUCCAAUCUUUUUCAUCAACAGACUAAAAACUCAUAAUUAAAAUACUGAAUCUAAAUUAGCCAAAGAUUGCAACAACAGAGCCAAAGAAUGGCAGGUUGGGCAGCAUCAAAUAAUAACAAGAAGUUAAAUCCUGGAGCUUUGGAUGAGAACGAUAUAUUGAUGGGUGCUUUGCUUGCUCGAAAAUCAAGUAUUGAUCUAUUGCAGAACUGUGAUCUUCCUCCACCACUAAAGGUGUUUUCUGGGUCAGAUAGGACAAUCAGAUCGUCUAUGAACAGGGUUUUUAGCAUGAUGGGAAAAGAAGAGGAAAACAAUGAGUUUGAUAUACAUGGAAGUGUUGGUGGUGGUGAGAAUGGGAAGUUGGAGAUUCUGAAGGCAUUAAGAUUGUCACAAACAAGAGCAAGAGAAGCAGAGAAGAAAGCUGCAAGUUUGGCUAAGGAGAACGAUUGUAUUUCUAAUGCUCUGUUGAGGGAAUCCAUGCAACUAUUUGCAUAUCGUCAAUGGGUUAGGUUACUUGAGGUUCAAGUAAUGAAGUUGCAAUCAGAAGGGAAACAUCAAGGAAAUAGAUGGUGUUGCAGCUGUGGAGGAAGACUUGAAGGGGUUAAAAAAUUGUUGAAAGACGGAGAGGAUUGUGGAAGCGGUGAUGGCGGCGGCGGGGUGUGCUGGAUUUUGGCAUGGGCAUUUUGUAUAGGGAUUGCUGGUGUGAGACUGGCUUUUGGAUGUAGAUAUUUGUUUUGAGUUGGAUAUAUACAUAAUAGUAUUUGAUCUGUGUCAAUGAUUUUUGGCAUGGUUCAUGGAAAGAGAACAUUUUGUAAAGAUAAUAGAUGGGGAGAAAGGGUUAUUUAGAUGAUCAAAUUUUACAUUGUAGUUAUGUUUAUUAUUCAUGGAAAAUCCUGAAGAAUUUUAUACAGUGAAUUUACAAAGA